UUCGGUUCGUGCAAAUUAGCAUGAAUGAAUCAAAACUUAAAAAUCAAGAUGAAAUCGAACCAAAUUGCCUACAUUAAAAUAGCCGAAUCUUACCACACUGAAUUGCACGGUUGGGCUGGGUGCUCGGUUUUGCUCACCUCUACAUCCACAUACACAAAAGUGCCACGUGUCACUCGUGUCUCCCUCUCCACCCCUCUCUCAGUUUCUCACGCAAAAGUAAAAUUCGGGGGAAAUAUUUCAUCACAAAGCCGAAGAUUAACGGAUUUCAGGCCUUAGCCAUGGAUAGCAGCCUCCUCACUCAAUCAAUCGCCGCGAAGCUCAAGCUCAAACGUCCCUGCAUUUCUUCUUUCUCUGAUUUGGCCCGAAUCUCGAUCCCGAACCAGAAUCCAUUGGAUGCGCUGUUGGAAUCUUUUCUGGAUCUGUCCGAUUCAUCGGCGAUCUCGCUCGACCUCUCGAUCGAUCGGAUAAUCGACUCCAGGCCCUGCGCGUCCGACAAGAACGACGUCGUCGAACGGGCGCUCCGGCUCGGCUCGGCUCUUACCGAAGCCGCCCGGCGAGCCGCCAGGAGGCGCGCGUCCAUUCACAACGCCGUCGCUUGGGUGCUGCCGUCGGAUAUCACCAUCAAGGUAUUCUCGUUGCUCGAUACUCAAAGUGUAUGUCAUGCUGCGGCUGCAUGCUCCUUUUUCAAUAAAUGUGCUGCGGACCCACUGUGCUAUUCCAAUAUAGACUUGACCACAGUAGUCCCAAAGAUCAAUAACAUGGUAGUUUCAACUAUGAUUCAACGAGCUGGAAAAGGUCUGAGGUCCCUUAAACUUGGGAUUCUCCCCUGCUCCUCUUCUGCAUCACUGGGCUCACCAGAAGUGCUUCAUUCUAUGAGGAAAUCUUCAGAUAAGUCACGUUUUUCAUGGAAUGAUAAAAGGUCUAGACUGGAAAAAGAAUCAUUUGUACUUACGAGGUCUUGCUUGGCUCCAUUGAUUGCUGAUGGUGGUGCCCCGGGAGCACUUUUGAGAAGGUUGCACCUCUACAAUAUUGAAAGAAUGGACAAUACAGCACUUGGUGCUGCAUUAUCAGCUUGCACUUCUUUGCUUGAUCUAGAAAUUGUUGGCCUGCAAGUGGAGUUGAGGCAGACACUGGAGUCGGUGAGUAGAUCUUGUCCUCUAAUAGAGCGUCUCUUUUUUGAAUCAUCAAAAACAGGUAGUGAUGACAGUUUAAUAUUAUUGUCCUGCAAUGAUCUUGUGACCAAUUGUCCCCAUGUAUCCUCGCUGGCACUAAGAGGUUUUAAACUGCAUGACACUAAAGUUCGUGUACUUGUAAAGGGAUUUCGCGAAUUGAAAUGUGUUGACUUUUCAACUUCCUACUCAAUCACCGGCUUCUUUCUUAGGAAUCUGGAUUCCACCGCAGGUGGAAGCUCACUGGAGGUCUUACUUUUGCGGGAAUGUAUGCACUUGAGAGAAUCAGAGGUUUCACGUUUGCUGUCAGCAAUACUAGCAGGACGCUUUAGUAACCUUAGACACCUUGAUGUGUCCAAUCGUGAUGGGCUGGCGUCAGAUGAAGACUGCUUCAUGCCAUUGGACGGGUUACUGAACGCAAGGCCCAAUUUAUGCAUAGUUGCUGAUUUCCCUCAAGACGUGAGUUUUGUAGAGGAGCCGAUGAGCAGUAGUGAUGUUAACAGUGAUAUCGACUCGCCCUUGUUUAUGGGCAGCUCAUCCGAGAUGAGUUAUGGCAGCGAUUUAAGUAGUAGCAAUGAGGGCAGCCUCAUUCGUGAAGACAGCUCGGAUGAGGUGGACUAGUUUGCAGAGAUGUAAUAAUAAUUGCCGGUAAGGUUUUUGACCAGUCAAUUUCUCUUAUCGGAUUUUUUUAUUUUUUUUUUAUUUUUUUAUGGUGGUAGUAAGUCAGAGAUAGUAAAUUGAGCACAAGGGACUAGGAACUCGUAUCAAUCCAAGUUUCCAUUAAUUAGUGUUCUCGAAUUCCCUGAGUCUAAGUGUUUAUAUAUCUAUUAUUGUCUUUAAUCCAUUUGAAAAUUU